AUGGCUGCUGGUUCAUUGACAGACUUAUUGUCUCAAUUGAACGUUCAAUCCACACAUAAUGAACAUUCCCAAGUUGAAGAAACCAGUAUUCAAUUAUUAGAAAAUGGUUGCACAAACCCUGGGACAGCAUUGAAAUAUUGUUUGAUUGCUUUGAUUCAACAGGAUAAGUAUAACAAAGCCCUGUCUAUAUUGAAUACAUAUGGUGCUAUCGAUACAAAAUAUGGGAACCAAUUAAAUAUGGAAAAGUUAUACAUUUUUUAUAAGUUAAACAACGUUAAGAAGUUUGAACAAUUGUAUUCUACCAUUAUUACUGAUGAUAUUGAUGUUUUAUUCUCUAAACCUGAGAGUCAACUUGAAAAAUUGAGAGGCUUUUUACAUGUCAGAGCUCAAUUCUGUUACAAAAAUGGUAAAAAUGAAGAAUCAUAUCGUAUUUACAACUACCUAGCUUCCAAUAACUCUACGGAAAUCGAUAAUAACACAGAACUUGCGUGUAAUGAAAGGGUUCCAUUAACUGUAGAACCAAACAUGAUGAUCAAUUAUCCUCUGAUUAAUGAAUUAUCUGAAGAAUCGUAUGAUAUGUUAUUCAAUGAAUCCAUUGUAUUAGCUGCUCAGGAUAAAUAUAAGGAAUCUUUGGGAUUAUUAGAAAAAUCAUAUAAUAUGGCAAAAGCUAGUGACUACCAAGACGAUAUUAAUACCAUUGAGCUCCAAUUAGCUUAUAUCCAUCAAUUACUUGGCAACACAGCUGAUAGUAAAGAAUAUUUGAAUAAUCUAUUAAUAAGAUUGGAAGCAGGUUCCCAAAUGCAUAUCCUUGCUAAAAACAAUUUGGUUGCAUUCCAGGAUUUCUCUAAAUAUAAGGAUAAUAUUAAUUUGUUACUAAGAGAUUUAAAUAUUGAAAAACAGAAUAGCUUAAACAUACAAACAUUUACCCAUGACCAAUGGACAAAAUUGAAUUCAAAUGCGAUGUUCUUAAAAUUAUUUAAUAAUGUUACAGUGCAAUCUCAUUCCAGCCGUCUAUCUCGUACAUUGCAUAAUUACACCAAGAUAGUGGAUAACAUAAACUUGGAGCCUUACCAAACACAAUCCAAAAAAUUGUAUCAUUUUGCUGUCAAGGCAGUCAAGAGCUCUACGGCGGGUAGUACCAACGGUGUAGUUUUAUUGGCUAUACAACUGCUUAUCGUAGAAAACGAAUGGGACAAUGCAAUCAGAUUGGGUGAACUGUUCUUCAACAAAUCUAUAACCUCUGCCAAUACCUUAACCGAUGAUCUUAUUACUAUUGUUUAUGUGUUGUUUGAAUUAUACAAUCAUGUUGGUAGAGUUCAUUCAAAGUCUAUGUUAUUAAAGAAGACGAGUGAAUUGUUUAAUGCUAAAGAUUUCUCGAAGGUUACCAAAUUCUCCAUCAAUAAAUUAAAUUUCUGGAAACAUAUUGCAUUCCAAUAUCUGACUCUAAGUAAAUCUUCCGACGCCAAGAAGAUCUUUAGACAAUUAAUGAAUGUAACAUAUUUUAAAGAACAUCUAGUGGAUGAAAAUAUUCUACAAAUAUUGAAUGAAAACAGUCAAGAUUUGUUUGAUUUUGCUACUGUUUCGGACCUAGUAGCUUCUGUUGAUGUUUCUUCAUUAAUAUCAUCCGGUAUUGCUCCUUUAGGAAGUAAUUCUAAUAAAUCUCAAUCUAUUGCUGCUACUUCAAUAAAUAGAGUGAUGAAGAAGAAAUUAAAUGCAAAGAAACAAAAGAAAAAACAAGCUAAAUUACAAAAAUUCUUAGCUACUCACGAUGUUACUAAUAAGACCGUUGACUCUGAAAGAUGGUUACCUUUGAAGGAUAGAUCUACGUAUAGACCAAAGAAGAAGCAAUUAGCUAAACAAACUCAAGGUGGUGCAAUGAAUAAACAAACUGAACAAGCUUUGGAUAUAUCCAAGAAACAAAAAAAGAAUACCAAUGGUGGUUCAAAGAAGAAAGUUAAGAAGGGUCGCAAAUAA